AUGUUUCCUCUAUAUUCUCUCUCUGUCUUUUACGAAAAGAUUCCAUUUAGAAUCCGAGCUCCACUAACCAGCUCAAAGUGUCGGCAGACAGCAAGAAUCCGACUCGAAAUGGCGCCACCACAGUCCUUUUCACUCCCACUGCUCCUCUUUGCCAGAACAUCAGCUCUCACAGUUGCAGCUCUACUCCUCUACUGGGCUCUGGCUUUCAACUCUCACCACUCCUCCUCUCAACAUUCCCGCCUUUAUGCUGCUCGGCAUAUGCUCCUGAUGGUGAUCGGUUUCAUCCUUGUUAGUGGGGAAGCAAUUUUGGUACACAGAUGGCUGCCCUGUUCCAGGAACGGAAAGAAAUUGGCAUAUACCAAAGUUGAGUUUCGUCUAAUCGAUCUCAAGCGUUAA